AUGUUGUGCCGUGUCCUCCGUGGCGCCUCCCCUCGGGCCUCCGCGGUACUGCCGCCCAGGCUGGGGAGGGGACGCGGGGCCUUGGCCUGGCCCUCACGCUCGGGCGCAGAUUCAUGUUCUCCUACUCAAAAUGAGUCAACCACUGACGGGAAAAAGAAACUGACUCCAGAGCAAUACUAUGUUACCAGAGGAAAAGGAACGGAGCCGCCUUUCAGUGGGAUCCAUUGGAAUAACACAGAACGAGGAAUGUACCACUGUGUGUGCUGUGACAUGCCCCUGUUCAGUUCGGAGAAGAAGUUCUGUUCUGGCACUGGGUGGCCUUCAUUCCUGGAGGCCCACGGGACUCAGGGCACCGAUGAGAGCAAAGCUGGCAUCCUGAGAAGGCCUGACCACAGCCUGGGCCCAGCUCGCACUGAGGUUGUCUGCAAAAGGUGUGAGGCCCACCUGGGCCAUGUGUUUGACGACGGUCCUCCGCCGACUGGACAGCGGUUCUGUAUCAACAGCGUCGCGCUGACCUUUAAGCCAAGUUAGAGGCAGGCCAACUCAACCUAACUCCGGACGCACGACCCCACCCGGCCCGCAAGGAACGCUUCUUCUCGAAUGGCACUGGAUUGAAAGUCUUGCACGUGGGAAUUUGAAACUAAAUCACGGUUAGAGUAUUUUAGAGUGUUUUCACCAGCCGCUCCCUCCCUGCCUUUAGUUCUGAACGUUUAAGGAUGUUUGAUCUUUACCCAGAAUAUGAGUCAGCUCAUCUAAACAUUUUAUGAGUCGUUUGUUCCAGCAAUCAGGUUUGUAAGUGGUCUGCAGUUAACAGGUACUUGUAAAGGGUGGUGACACAGGAAAAUGAAUGUUGAAUUACCCUAGUGGAUUAAACAGUCUGCAUUAUUUGGCUGUAAAUGGAAAAGAUUUGGGAAAAAUAAAUAUAUGUCUCUUUUGAA